AGCCGCGCGCAGGCGUCCAAAGCUCCCAGUUUCGAGUUAAGCAGGAUGGGGCACGGAGUGCUGGCUGUCACUGUUUUAUUUCUCAGUUUGUCUUUCAGUUUGAGUUUCUCCUCUCCUCAGACUUAUGUCCUGGACGAUAACGAGGGCGUUGGGAGAGUUUUUGACGGAAUUGGAGGUUUGAGCGGCGGAGGGGCGACGUCUCGUUUACUGGUCAAUUACGCUGAGCCUUACCGCAGCCAGAUAUUAGACUACCUUUUUAAGCCAAACUUUGGAGCCUCUUUGCACAUACUGAAGGUGGAGAUUGGAGGAGACGCUCAAACUACUGAUGGAACGGAGCCGUCACACAUGCACUAUGAGAAUGAUGGGAACUACUUCCGAGGGUACGAGUGGUGGCUGAUGAAAGAGGCCAAGAAGAGGAAUCCAAAUAUCACACUCAUAGGAUUGCCCUGGGCGUUUCCUGGUUGGGUGGGCCACGGUAAGAACUGGCCCUAUGAUUACCCAGACAUCACUGCAACAUACGUGGUGAACUGGAUCCUUGGUGCCAAGCAGUACCAUGACCUGGACAUUGACUAUGUUGGGAUUUGGAAUGAGCGAAACUAUGACAGCAAGUACAUCAAGCUGCUGCGAUACACUCUUGAUAAGAGUGGUCUGGAGAGUGUCAGGAUCAUAGCCAGUGACAACCUGUGGGAGCCCAUUGUCCUGUCUCUGCUUCUAGAUUCCGAGCUCAGCGGGGCUGUAGACGUGAUAGGGGCCCAUUACCCAGGCACCAACACAGUAAAGGACGCCCUAAAGACACAGAAGAAGCUGUGGUCUUCAGAGGACUACAGCACUUUCAAUGAUGAGGUGGGGGGAGGCUGCUGGGCUCGCAUCCUCAAUCAGAACUAUGUCAAUGGACUAAUGACUGCCACCAUUUCCUGGAAUCUGAUCGCAAGCUACUAUGAGGAGCUGCCAUUCGGCAGAGAUGGGCUGAUGACAGCUGAGGAGCCCUGGAGCGGCAAUUAUGUGGUGGAGUCCCCUAUCUGGAUCACAGCCCACACCACACAGUUCACCCAGCCAGGAUGGACCUACUUGCAGACUGUUGGUCAUCUGGCACAAGGUGGAAGUUACGUAGCCCUGACUGACAAGAAAGGAAACCUCACUGUUGUCAUAGAAACCAUGACUCACAAUCAUUCAGUGUGCGUAAGACCUCCUCUCCCUCCCUUCAAUGUGACAUCCCAGAGUGCAACUUUCCAGCUGGAGGGAUCCUUUGCUUCCAUUAAGGAACUCCAAGUAUGGCGGUCACAGUUUAACUUCAAAACAAAAAAGCCCUCCUUCUUUGAGAAACUAACUCCACUAAAGGUUUUGAAUGGAUCAUUCACCUUAAACCUGGCUGAAGAUGAGGUGUACACAUUAACCACGAUGUCAACAGGACAGAAGGGCAGUUACCCUGACCCGCCUCCCUCUACCCGCUUCCCCAAAGUCUACAAGGACAACUUCAAUGUUCGAGACCCUCCUUUCUCAGAGGCUCCACACUUUGCUGACCAGACGGGAGUGUUUGAAUACUAUAUCAACAUGACUGACCCUGGACCUCACGUCUUCACCUUACGACAGGUUCUGACUGAGAGACCCAUCACAUGGGCGGCUGAUGCCGACCAGACCAUCAGUGUCAUAGGCGACUAUCAGUGGCAGAACCUGACACUUACAUGUGAUGUCUUCAUGGAGAGCAUUAAGACUGGUGGUGUGUUCAUAGCAGCCAGGGUGGAUAAAGGAGGCCAGUCAAUCCGCAGUGCUAAGGGAGUCUUCUACUGGGUGUUUGCAGAUGGCACAUACAAAGUUACCAAUGACCUUGCUGGACAAACUGUACUCGCAGAGGGACAGUCUGGUACCCGAGCAUAUGGUUGGCACACCUUAUCACUCACUGUGCAUGGUCAGUAUGCAUCAGGGAUGCUUAAUGGAUACCCGCUGUGGAAGAAUGCUGUAGUACUGACACCAAAGAAUGGCUGGGCUGCUAUAGGGACACACUCCUUUGAACUGGCUCAGUUUGAUAACUUUGCUGUGGCAGCAGAAUAUUGAUUCCACUGUGAAAUAAUGAUUUACACUGUGCACUGGAUAUUGUGAUUAAUUUAUUAAUACUUAGGUGUGCUAAAUGAUCAGAUUGUUUUUUCUGUGAAGUUAUUAAAAGUCUUGGGCACAAAAGAAGUUAAUUUGGCUUCAACAUUCACUAACCUAGGUACUCUAUCUGAUGAAAUUGUGAACAUUUGUUGGGGUGCAGGGUAGAACCUUCAUAAUCAUGCUCCCUAACUGAGGCCAAGUACACUGAUAUGGCCAUAAGAGAUUCAAGGGUGUCCUUGAGUCUACAUCACAUCAAACUGUGGCCAGGUCUUGUGUAUUAAAAUCAUAGAUUGUACAUGAAGCCUGUGGUUAAGAUAGAUAAUGGAUCUGGGACCUGUGUGUAGGGUUCAUGCUGGGAUAUAGUCUUCAGUACCCAAGACUCUGGUAAGGCUGCUUUGCAUUGAUGCAAAUAGUGGAUUAAAGUUAAAUUUUUUAUGACGGGUGUCAAACAUACAGCCAGAACCAGCCCACCAAAGGGUCCAGUCCAGUCCACUGGAUGACUUUGCACACCUAACAUCGGUGCACUUGUGAAGGCUAAUAGGUGUCAGACCAGAAUGCAGUUCUCUGUAAAAACAAUGAAUACUUAUUGUGGUCAUAUUGAAAGAUACUCAACACUGGGCAAAAUGUUGUCAAUCAGCAGCUUCAGUGCAAAAGAAUCUGUUUUAGACUUCUAUCUUUAAGCAGUAUUAGCUGAACCCUAUGGCUAAUGCACUGCCAAAACUUUAGAUAUGUAAAUGGUUUGUAAGUUGGGAUAACUGAACCUGUUUCCUCAAUAGCUUCCACAGUUUGGUGAUGCCAGUAUGACUACACGGGAGGAAAAAUGUAUGUGAAGAUGCAUAUGUGAUGACAGUGAGUAGUAGACUGACUGAAUGUGGAACAAUUGAGAUACAGUGUUGAAAUUUUUCUUGAGAUCUCAGGGUGUUCAUCAUUAGUUCUAUACAUGGAUAGACAUUUUAUACUUAUGUACGCUAAAAGAAAGGGAGACAUCUUGAGAUGUUGUUAUUUAAAGAUUAUUAUGGAAUGAUUUCACUUGCGACCCACUGCAGAUUAUCUUUGGCUGUAAUAUGGCUCAUGGAAUAAAAUUAGUUUGACAGCCCUG